UCGUGAACUGGAAUCAGCAAUCCAGCAGCAAUUAUCAAGUAAUAAUUCUUGUGGGCAUCCGGCAUUCGCGAUUUCGAGUCGACUGUAGUGGAGUGGCGAGGAAUAGCUGUUCGCAGCUGUUGCUCACGGCACAAGCUCUCAAUAUCUGGCCCUUUUCCUUGUCUUCUCCUGCUUCCGUAGCUAGCCAUGGCUAGAGGUUCUCGCCUUUUCUUUCUUCUCUUCUUCUUCCUCUUCGCACCUGUUGCUAUAGCGGUGCACAGUGUCAGUUACGACGCCCGAUCCCUCGUCAUCGACGGCGAGCGCAAGCUCAUCAUCUCCGGCUCCAUUCACUACCCUCGCAGCGUCCCUUCUAUGUGGCCUGGCCUCGUCGCGGCGGCGAAGGAGGGCGGCUUGAACACCAUCGAGACCUACGUCUUCUGGAACGGCCACGAGCCCUCCCCUGGCAAUUAUUAUUUCCAGGAGCGUUUUGAUUUGGUAAAAUUUGCGAAGAUCGUCCGAGACGCCGGCUUGUACAUGAUCCUCCGUAUCGGCCCGUUUGUAGGAGCAGAGUGGACUUACGGGGGAAUCCCGGUUUGGUUGCACUAUGUUCCGGGGACUGUUUUCCGCACAAACAAUGAGCCAUUCAAGAGACACAUGGAGAACUUCAUCACUUAUAUAGUGAAUCUGAUGAAGCGAGAACAAUUGUUUGCAUCACAAGGAGGCCACAUCAUUUUGGCCCAGGUUGAAAAUGAAUAUGGCUUUUACGAAGGCUACUAUGGAGAUGCAGGGAAACAAUAUGCGAUGUGGGCUGCCCAUAUGGCACUCAAUCAAAGAACCGGUGUACCUUGGGUUAUGUGUCAGCAAGAUGAUGCCCCUGAUCCUGUUAUCAAUUCUUGCAACUCAUUUUAUUGUGAUCAAUUCACGCCAAAUUCUCCAAGCAAACCGAAGUUUUGGACAGAAAAUUGGCCUGGAUGGUUCCACACAUUUGGGGAGCCAGAUCCUCACAGACCACCUGAGGACAUUGCAUUUGCUGUUGCUCGCUUUUUUCAGAAGGGCGGUAGUCUGCAAAACUAUUACAUGUAUCACGGAGGGACGCAUUAUGGUCGCACUACAGGUGGACCAUUCAUCACUACAAGCUACGAUUAUAAUGCUCCAAUAGAUGAGUAUGGAUUACCGAGACUUCCAAAAUGGGGACAUCUAAGGGAGCUACAUGGAUCUAUAAAGUUAUGCGAACAUACUUUACUGUAUGGGGAGUCAGAGUUUUUUUCAGUUGGCCCUCUCCAAGAGGUAAAUGUCUAUAAAGACAAAUUCGGCGGGUGUGUUGCCUUCCUUGCUAAUAUUGAUGAGCAGGAAUAUAAAUUUAUCACAUUUAGGAAUGUUAGGUAUAGUGUUCCUCCCUGGUCAGUUAGCAUCCUUCCAGAUUGCAAGAAUGUUGUGUUUAACACCGCAAAGGUGCGAUCCCAAGCCUCUGUAGUCGAAAUGGUUCCAGAAAACUUGCAGGCGUCAAGUACUUCAUCACUUGGUUUAGGGGCUUGGCAAAUCUACACUGAGAAAGUUGGGUUAUGGGACAAACCUGACUUUGCACAGUUUGGACUUAAAGAUCAUCUUAAUGUGACAAAAGAUACAACUGACUAUCUUUGGUAUACAACAAGUUUUUAUGUUGGUGAAAGUGAAGAAAUUAUUGGCAAUGGGAGUAGUCCUAUUCUCUCAGUUGAAUCCAAGGGCCAUGCUUUUCUUGUUUUUAUAAACGGUGAACUUCAAGGUAGUUCUUAUGGUAACUCUGGAAAUUUACAUUUGAGGUUUCAGGCUCCUGUAAUCUUAAAGACAGGGCAAAAUGAAAUUGCUAUCCUUAGUAUGACAAUUGGAAUGUAUAACGCAGGCCCGCUAUAUGAAUGGCAAGGUGCAGGAUUAACCAGUGUCAAAAUAUCUGGCAACAGAAUUGGAAGUUUAGAUUUGUCGACAAAUUUGUGGAAGUACAAGAUUGGGUUGCAAGGAGAGCGCUACAAUAUCUUCAACACAGACAUCACUGAUAUCAAGUGGAUACCAGUAUCAGAACCACCGAAAAAUCAAGCCCUCAUUUGGUACAAGGUGGCAGUGGAUCCUCCCGAAGGGAAUGAACCUGUUGCACUCGAUAUGCUAUCGAUGGGGAAAGGCCAUGUUUGGGUGAAUGGAAAGUCUAUCGGAAGAUACUGGCUGGUAACAAGUUCUAUAUAUGCCAAAUGCACUCCACAUUGUAAUUACACAGGCAAAUUUAAACCAGACAAAUGUUUGACAAGAUGUGGAGAACCCACUCAAAGAUGGUACCAUAUUCCAAGAUCCUUUUUUAAGUCAUCAGGGAACACCCUCAUCAUUUUCGAAGAGAGAGGUGGCGAUCCGACGAAGAUCACUUUCGCAAAGAGGCAUGAGACCAUGAUCUGUAGUUUCAUAUCUGAGGACCAUCCUCAACUAGAUUUGGAGAACUGGGACGCGAACGGCAAAGAUAACGCAGUGGGUAGUGCUUUGAUGAACUUGAAGUGUCCUGAGGGAACCUCCAUCUCCUCCAUAAUCUUUGCAAGUUUCGGUAACCCAAGUGGAACAUGUAGCUCCUAUAGCCAAGGCAGCUGCCACUACUCGAACUCCAUUUCUGUCAUUGAAAAGGCGUGUCUUCACAGAAAUGAUUGUUCUAUCUCAUUUGUGAAUGAGAGCUUCACUGAGGAGGACUUGUGCCCUGGCAUAACCAAAGCUCUGGCUGUUGAAGCUGCAUGUAGCUAGGUAGAUAAUGUGUUAAGUAAACACUCUGGAUGAUGAAGAGGAGCUCUGCUUCUUCCUUCUUGUGGACUGGAAUAAGAUUGUUAGGGAAGAUGUGGUUUGUUUUUGAUGCAGGAGGAUUGAAUCUGUUUUAUUAUUUUUUUAAUAAUUUUUUGGUUUUUUUUUGA